AUGAAAGAUGUGAUGAACAACUUCAUCGCCGUAUGUCCCUACAUAGAGUUGACCAUAUGCUUUCCGUGCAUUGCCAUCAACAUAUACUCGGCCGUACGAUUUGCCAACAUACAUUCGUUUAACAACAAUUUCAGGAUUAUUAUGGUAGAUCACAUGACUUACUUUAUCCUACUCUACUCUACCCUACCCUACCCUACCCUACCCUACCCUACCCUACCCUACCCUACCCUACCCUACCCUACCCUACCCUACCCUACCCUACCCUACCCUACCCUACCCUACCCCCCUACCCUACCCUACAUUACCCUACCCCUACCCUACCCUACCCUACCCUACCCUACCCUACCCUACCCUACCCUACCCUACAUUACCCUACCCUACCCUACCCUACCCUACCCUACCCUACCCUACCCUACCCUACCCUACCCUACUCUACCCUACCCUACCCUACCCUACCCUACCCCUACCCUACUCUACCCUACCCUACCCUACCCUACCCUACCCUACCCUACCCUACCCUAUCCUACCCUACCCUACCCCACCCUACCCUACCCUACCCUACCCUACCCUACCCUACCCUACCCUACCCUACCCUACCCUACCCUACCCUACCCUACCCUAUCCUACCCUACCCUACCCUACCCUACCCUAUCCUACCCUAUCCUAUCCUACCCUACCCUACCCUAUUCUACCCUACCCUACCCUACCCUACCCUACCCUACCCUACCCUACCCUACCCUACCCUACCCUACCCUUCCCUACCCUACCCUACCCUACCCUACCCUAUCCUACCCUACCCUACCCUACCCUACCUUACCCUACCCUAGCCUACCCUACCCUACCCUACCCUACCCUUCCCUAUCCUACCCUAUUCUACCCUACCCUACCCUACCCUACCCUACUAUAUAAACAUGCCAUUUCAGAUAGUGACAAACUUCAUCGUAGCCGGUAUCUCUAUUUUACAUCCAAUCAUAUCACUAACCCCCGCUUAUUACAUAUCAUAUCAAACGGGUAACUUUAUCGAAACUACAGCAUUUUACUUUAUUGCCUACAUUCACCAAACAUGCACUUUUAUUUUUGAUAUCAAGUACUUUAUACUUGGGUUUGAGAGAUGGUUUGCGUUUCGAUCAAGAGCAACAUACGAACAUAGCAAGGAUAAUACUAGUGUCAAAGUGUUUAUUUGCAUGGUAAGUGUAUAUAUGGUAACAAAAACUGACAAUAGGCUAUUCCUAUGGGCUGGGGCUCUGGGCUGGGCUGGGCUGGGCUGGGCUAGGGCUAGGAACUAAAAUAAAAAAUUCUUUCUAGAUAAUAUUAGCCAUGUGUGUUGUAACAACUAAAGUGAUGUGUUUCUUAAAGUUCAAUGAAGGGCGACCCGUAGACAGUAUACUAAUAAGGGCGCUUGUGCUUGAAAACGACUUGCCAACGUUAAUAUCAACCCACUUUUUUGCCACAUUUUCAUGGCUUUAUUCCGCCGCGGUAAGUAAAAUGUCAUAGAAUGGUCAGCUCUAACCAAAAAUGUCAUAAAAUUCUCAUUUCUAAUGCAAAACUACGUCUAUUUAUAAACUGCAGGCUGCGGGAGAUAUGUUAUACGAUGAAAAGUAUUUUUGUUUAGUAAAGCAAGUAUCAGGUUGUCUAAUUAAUUAUGUGCUCCUUAAGCCAAAAAUUACUCUGAAAAGUUACUCUAUACGUGAGUUCGGGCACAUAAUUAUUUGAACGACCUAUAAUACUAUGUAAAACAUUCUUUUCAGAUCUUCUCAAGCCUAUUGAAGACAGCUAAUGAGCACAAGUUCUCCGGGAAGACUUUGACCGAGAGUUAUCAGAUCAAAGAGACGAUCAAUAUAUUAUCAGUCAUUCAGCCAAUCAUCAAAGCCUACUUGACGGUGGUGGUGGCUUGUACCAUAUGUGUUUCAAUCAACAUGUAUGGCCUUAUGUUUGGGUUAUGGCAAAAGUACAGUAACUACUAUCAAGGAUUGACUAAUGUAAGGCUUUGACAUAUGAUAUAUACUAAGCCGUUCAAGUAAUGCUGUGCCUCCUUUAGGUUGUUUAAAUAAUUCAGUGCUCUCUUUAAGUCGUUCAAAUAAUUCUGUGCCUUCUAAACCUAAAAAUUUUGUUUUGAGGGGGCAUAGAAUUAUUUGAAAAUUUUAAUAUUUAUAUUGAAAACGGCCGCUACCUUACAUAUAUAACUAUAUUACACGCAUACCUACCUGUAUUACCUAUACUUACCUUAGUUUAGCUAGAAUAUAUCUUCAUCAACAUGUACAACUUCUACUCCAGCUCCUACGCCAUUUGGUAUCUACGACCGUUACGACGAGUAUUUCUGACCGACCUACGAUCCCUCUUUCGUACCUCAAUCGACAUCGACAACCGAGUCAAUCCCUCCGUCGAGAAGUACGACGAUGAAGCUAAGAUAUAUUUUGAUCAACUUCAAAGUCAAUGGAGUUGA